UAGGAUGUAUUAAGUCACAGUUCCAAGGCCAACCAAGCAGCCAACAUGAAGUUCGCAUUCGCCUUCGUCCUGAUCGCUCUGAUCGCGGUGUUCGCCGUCUCCCAGGCACUGCCCCAGCCUGAGGAGGCCGCCGCUUCCAGCAAUGAUGGAGCCAGCGCCAACACCAGGAUCGUGCUGGAGCUUACCCCGGAGGAGGCCGCAGCAGUCGAGGCAAUGGGAGGCCGAGGAUUUUGGGGAGACUUGUGGAACGGUAUCAAGAAGGCCAUCACCAUCGGUUGUAAUCUAAUUGACUGUCAGAAGCAACAGCAGUAAUAAUAAAUGCUGAGUAAAACAUACAACAAAAAACUGGAAUUUAUUUCACUACCUUUAGUCAGAUGAACAAAUCAUUACCUCGGAGUGUAUGACAAGCUUCGACAAAAAUAGUCGACAGAAUCGGAUAGUUGACUAUCUUAUGUCGAGGUAUUUGCCAUGCCAUAGGUUCCACAUUCUUCUUCUAGUAGGAACCGAACACUUAAUUACCCCAGUCUGGACUGGCUACUCGGUUGCGUGGUACUGAAGUAGUCUUGAAAGCCUGUAUAGGCCGGCAUGUCCGAGCGCCAAAUAGAUGAUCAAGUAUCUUAAGCGAAAAGUGUAGGAGCAGAACUAUGCAUUAUUCAACAAAAUGCACAUUAUUUUGAUAGACAUCUUUGCGCAAUCGGAAAAUGAAUCUACCCUAUCGUUGUGUUCGCAAAUUGUAUUGAUACGCUUUUACUUGGGUCUGUUAACUGGUAACUUUACUGGUCAAAGCCCCCGGAUAUCGAUUCCGGUAGCUUUGUACAAGUGUUCGCCAUACCAUCCGACAUCUGUUUUCAAGGCCUCUCAUGCAAGUACUGGCAGCUCUUCACUCCUACCUAAAUUGUAUGCCCAUGCGUAGAAUGCUUCUAUCCCUUUAAGAAUAAGUGGCAGAUAUUAUGCUCAUGUACACGCCUCUAUAGAUUACCCUAGCCGACUAUCAUUUUGGAAAUUAGAUAGUAACAUUUA